UUCACAACAAGAAAGCCACUCGCCAUGACAGACCGUAUAUUAUGCGUUGUUUUUAUGGGUUUCAGCUUUCUGACUUCAUAUGUUGAAGGAAGCUUACGUCUGAUCGGGGGAGAUGACCAAUAUGAAGGGAGAAUCGAAAUAUACGACAAUGGAGAAUGGCAGACAAUAUGUCGUGACCAUUGGGACCUGGAUAAUACCUUCGUCGCCUGUAGGCAGCUGGGAUUAAAGGACGGACUCUGGAGACGGGUUGAAUCGUCAGAAGUAAGUGGCAACACAUUUUGGUCAGUAGAAAAAGACUGCAAUGGAAAUGAAAGUGGUCUUCAAGCUUGUGAUUCCAAAGAAGUUGACUCCAGUAGAUGUACUCACUCAGGAAGGGACGAAGUUUACGUGACAUGCCAACCACAGAAAGAAUGAAGGCCGCCUGGAAAUAUAUCACGAUGGAAAAUGGGGAACAAUAUGUGACGAUGAAUGGGAAGAUCACCCUCAA